UUCCAUCUCCAAUCUGUGUGAGAGUAGAAAAUUUGAUAAAUCCCAUAGAUUGAAGAGGCGUGGUGGGAUAGAAAAUAACACUCCAACCAAUCAUCUCAAUACAGGCACAGUCUCUGCUUUGUCUUCUCUCGUGUGUAUCUCAGGCUAUGCAAAUAAUUUCCACAAUCAGUUAUCCAAAUAAAAAUUUUUCCCAUUUCUUCUUCUGGGUAGAGAGAAUCAGAGGAUUUUUGUAUGAUUGAUAUCUCCGUCGCACACCACAAAGAGAAUGACAGGCUGAUUAAAUCGAAGACUAUCUCUAAGUCCUGCUGAGGAAGACGACCCAAAACCCACUCUGAUUUCUCCACCCGAAGUGAGACAGACAGCUGCUGUUCACCUUUUGUUGGGUCUUCUACUUCAUCAAAACCAGCUUUAGGUGAAGAGUUUAAGGAUUCCACCAAAUCCCACCUUCAAUUUUUCACCCUUUUCUUUGCUUGCACAAAUUACAGUCAACCCCAGCCGCAGAAUCUCUGUGUUUCUGUUUUCCAAUUAUUGUUCCAACUUUUUUGAAAACCCACAAUCUGAUAACCCUCGAUUGCCUCUGUUAAUUGCAAUCCAAACCAAACCCAGGUUUUGUUUUGUUGCUGUACAAGAGAUGAAUUUCAGGAGCAUGGAAGAGUUCUGGCCUUUCUAUGUGACACAACACUCAAAACCAUGGACGAGGCGUUGGCAUUUUGUGGGUACACUUACAAGUAUUCUCUUUUUGCUAUACUCAGUGUUUGUUAAUUUGAGGUUUUUGUUCUGUGUGCCCUUGUUUGGGUAUGGUUUCGCAUGGUACAGCCAUUUCUUUGUGGAAAGGAAUGUUCCUGCAACAUUUGGGCAUCCAUUUUGGUCUCUUCUAUGUGAUUAUAAGAUGUUUGGAUUGAUGCUUACUGGCCAAAUGGAUAGAGAGAUCAAGAGGCUUGGAAAGAGGCCUGUGUUGCAGAGCUUUUAGUCAAUUGAUGCCAAGGCAUUUGCUUUGCUGUUUGUUUCCUGGUGAAAACAAUCACAUACAUGUAAUGAAGAUGCUUAAACUUCCCCCUCAAUUUGUGUUAGUAACUUCUUGUGUGUUCACUUUCCUCUCCAUGUAAACACGUUCAUUUCUGAAUUAAAGACAGGCUCUUGAGCAAAAUCAAUUGAUAAAGGGAUUGCUUUUUGUUUAUCAGAA